AUGGCGGCCGAGGGGGAGCCGGCGGACGAGUGGCGGGCGGCGCUGCCGCACCAUGCCGUGCUGUGCCGGCUGCGGGAGCAGAGCGCGGAGAGACCCAGCCCCCCCGGGCCGACCCGCAGCCUCAUCUUCGGGCUGGACGCGGACCUGUUCCUGUGGGACGCGGAGCGCGGCGCCUUCUACACCCUCAGCCUGCGGGGCCUGAGCGGCGCGGAGCCCGGGGGGCUGGGCCGGUACCAGACCCUGGUUUGCAUAAAUCCACCCCUUUUUGAGGUCUAUGAAACCCUGUUAAGUCCCACACAGCAUCAUGUGGCGCUCAUAGGCAUUAAAGGGCUGAUGGUACUGGAAUUGCCUAAACGCUGGGGAAAGAACUCAGAAUUUGAAGGUGGAAAACCAACAGUUAAUUGUAGCACCGUUCCUGUUGCAGAAAGGUUCUUCACUAGUUCGACAUCCCUGACCCUAAAACAUGUGGCCUGGUAUCCUAGUGAGACAUUAGAACCUCAUGUAGUUCUGUUGACUUCAGAUAACACUAUAAGGAUUUACAGUCUGAAGGUGCCGCAGACACCUGUGAAGGUGAUUGCUCUUUCAGAUGCUGAGGAGGAGAGUUUAAUGCUCAAUAAAGGGAGAGCGUACACAGCAUCACUGGGAGAGACUGCAGUGGCAUUUGAUUUUGGGCCUCUGGUAUCUGUUCCGAAGAACAUAGCUGGGCAGCGAGGGAGAGAGGAAGUAUUGGCAUAUCCACUAUAUAUAUUAUAUGAAAAUGGGGAGACCUUUCUCACAUAUAUUAGCCUCUUACAAAGCACUGGAAAACUUGGCAAGCUGUUGGGCCCAUUGCCCAUGCACCCCACAGCCGAAGAUAACUAUGGCUAUGAUGCUUGUGCUGUUCUGUGCCUGCCCUGUGUUCCCAACAUCUUGGUGAUUGCCACCGAGUCAGGAAUGCUUUAUCACUGUGUGGUACUGGAGGGAGAAGAGGAUGAUGAGCAAACGUCAGAAAAGUCUUGGGACCCAAGAUCUGACCUCUUCCCUUCUCUCUAUGUGUUUGAAUGUGUUGAAUUGGAACUUGCACUGAAACUGGCAUCAGGAGAAGAGGAGGAGCCUUUGGAAUCUGAUUUCUCUUGCCCAAUUAAACUGCACAGAGAUCCUAAAUGUCCCUCUAGAUAUCACUGUAUACAUGAAGCUGGUGUGCACAGUGUUGGACUAACAUGGAUCCACAAACUUCACAAAUUCCUUGGGUCAGAUGAAGAAGAUAAGGACAGUUUACAAGAACUUGGAGCAGAACAGAAGUGCUUUGUGGAACACAUUCUUUGUACAAAGCCAUUGCCAUGCAGGCAGCCCGCUCCAAUUAGAGGAUUUUGGAUAGUCUCUGACAUCUUAGGGCCCACAAUGAUCUGCAUCACCAGCACCUAUGAAUGUAUCACAAGGCCUCUUCUAACGACAGUCCAUCCAGCAUCCCCUCCACUCCUGUGUACGAGAGAGGACACUGAAAUUACGGUCUCACCUCUUCGUAUCCUAGCUAAAUCACAGCAUUCAUUUGAGAAGCACAUCCGAAGCAUCCUGCAGCGCAGCUCUGCUAACCCAUUGCUUUUGAAGUCUGCUGACAAAGAUGCAUCUCCUCCCCCAGAGGAAUGUCUUCAGCUCCUAAGCAGAGCCACACAAGUGUUCAGGGAAGAAUAUAUUCUGAAACAGGAUCUGGCAAAAGAGGAGAUCCAGCAAAGAGUGAAAUUGCUGAGGGCACAGAAAAAUAAACAACUGGAAGAUCUUAAGUACUGUCAAGUGGAAAGGAACAGUCUGCGGGAAAUGGCUGAGCGCUUGGCUGAGAAGUAUGAGGAAGCUAAAGAAAAACAAGAAGAUAUUAUGAAUAGGAUGAAGAAAGUGCUUCGCAGUUUUCACUCUCAGCUUCCAGUUCUGUCAGAUAGCGAGAGAGACAUGAAGAAAGAAUUACAGACAGUACAUGAUCAACUGCAGCACUUAGGAAAUGCUAUCAAACAGGUGAAAAUGAAAAAGGAUUAUCAGCAGAGAAAGAUGGAAAAGGGGAUCAGUCCACGAAAACCUACCAUAACCCUCAGUGCCUACCAGAGCAAGUGCAUCCAGACAGUUCUGAAAGAAGAGGGAGAACACAUAAGGGAAAUGGUGACACAGAUCAAUGACAUCAGAAGCCAUGUGAACUUCUAACAUGCCAAUGACUAAGUCCCCACAAUAGCAAGGCUGAAAUGCUUUUGACAUUGCAGCAAAGAAUAUUAAGGGGGAGAACAGACAACCCACAUCUAUUUAUCAGUAACAACUGUUUGUGCUACACAAUAUGCUUUUUAUUUCAUAUUUUGUAAAGACUCAGUAUUGAAUAAAACACUUUUGAUAAGAAAAGAUCCCUUUACAAGCUCAGUUUGUCUCCUUAAGGAGAAGGGAACUAAAUGUUUUAAGCUUACAGUUAUCCACUGUAUAAAACUAAGUAUUAAAUCAGUCUAGAAAAAAAGGCAAGAUUGAGGAAGGGGAUUUUUACUUCAGCAAAGAAAACUCUAGGAUCCAUCCUCUACCGCCCCCUCUGGCAGAAAGGAGAUUAGAAAAAUCAGAAAAGCACACACACUUCAGCAGCUUUUGUUUAAUUUGGACCACUUUCUUCAUAAGGACACACCUUCAAUACAGUUAACAAAUGGUUACAUUUGAAUUCUGUAGACAGCAGAAUUCUACAUCCACAAUUGCACAGGACACCAAUGGCUUGGUUCACUGAAAUGCAGUAUUCACUUCCAAACACUCAGUUUGCCUUUAUCAAAAGAAUUUAGAGGCCAGUUGUAUGUUUACUUUAGGAUGAUUUCAAGGGACUGAGUAUGGAUGCUUGACUUCUUCCCUGCUUCUGCUAAAAGUGACAUGGUCAAGCUAAGUUUUAAGAAGUAGUACUGCACUGCUUGACAAUGGCACAUGCAGAAGUGCCAAAAUAAAGCUGUUAAGGAAAGGAGGGAUACUAGACAUGCUGCAAAAAGAACAUUCUAGUUAAAGAUUAAGACUACACAAGUGUUGGGAAUACUUCAUGAAACUCAUUGAAUAGUCCAGUUUCUAAAUUAGUUUUUUGCUGUAUAGUAGGUAACAUGUUACAGCUAGUGCAUGUUAACUAGAACUGUAAAACUAACCACCCUCACAUCAAAUUGAUCCCAGGAGCUUCUAUGAUAGCAGGAAGAUUAUCCCUCUACAGUCUUAGGGAUACAUGCCAAAAUUAAGAUGCUUUAUUUCCACUUAAGGGACUUCAAUCACCACAUUUGGCAGACAGCUCUCCAGAGGGCACCUGAGUUUUGUGUGUGUGACUUUUCCUGAAGAAAAGUUAGUUCCUUUUGAAAUCGUGCCUUACUUUCCUCACACCUUUGGGCUCUUCUGGCUAACUCAGCUCUAGGGCUUAUGUUUGACAAUCGAAUUCUCUAAGCUUAGUUGUUGGCAAUGCAGUCAACCACUUCAUCUUCACCAAUCUGCCUAGGGCCAUAUUUUCCACAAAAGCUAGAAGCCUUUUGUUUUUGGACUCUCUCGAUCCUGCACAUACGGUGAGAGGCAGGGUGUGCAGCAAGGGGCCCUGGGAGCUCAGAUUAGCAGCUGAAGGGCUCAUGCCCAUACUACACUCUAUCUUUAAACAUCGGUACCUAAUAGUUAAAAGCUGAAUUGAAUAAAAGAUUAAGGUAGGGAAAGGGAACAUGGAGUAGCAAAGUGAGACUGGAGAAUAUUACAUCAAUAUUCAUAGCUGUCUGAAUAUUAAAAAGGUUGGGAAACUUCUACAAAAAACUGAAGUGAGGUUGCUGCACUGAAUCACUCAAUACACUCGGUAAAAGCAAAAGAUAUAAUCAUUUAGUUCCCCUUCUCAACUACAUUCCUUCCAGAGCCUGUGUACCCCUACUCUCAUCCUAAUUAUACAUGCAGCCAUCUAUCCAGGCUAUAAAAAUUUAGUACAACAUGCAUACACAUGCACGUUUCCAUUCUGUAAUUUCUAUAUUAGUUACUAGCAAGUUUACAAAUGCUCACUAACAGCUCACCCACUCACUUUUCCUGAAGACCGCAGCAAGACAUCACAGCCAGCAUCUGCAACCAAACACCACAGCUACGUGAAAUGCAAUACAUGGAAGCCAUACCAAUGAAAACAAUAAACUGAGCAGAGUUGAGGCUGACCUGUGGUGGUAGAAGGGAGGCUGAGAAGAGGAAGUGACUCAGUGCAGAAAAGAUGUUGAAUGAUUAUUUCCUUGCUUUCUUCCAGUUUGGGAUAUAUAGCCUAGCAACCUCACCUCAAAGUUAAUUAUUUUUGGGCCAGGCUACUAGGUUGUUUCCUCAAAUAGGUGCUACAACGAAUUUAAUGUUAGAUUUAUUCCAGUUCUCAUAAAAGAGCCUUCUUCCUUAAAGCACUGCUACCGGGUUUAAGUACCAGCAGAACAUUAGCAACAUAAGGUGGGUGAGGUAAUAUCUUUUAGUGGAAACAAGCUCUCACCAACAAACAGACAUUGGUUCAAUGAAAGAUUACCACCUCACCCACCUUGUCUAUCUAAUAUCUUGGGAUCCACACAACACCACCACUGUAUUGUAGAAUGUUAGCUACUUUCAGAGCUUAAGGGGAUAUAUAGGCUGAAAACAGUUGCUUUUCCUGUGAUUCCUGCUGCCAAACGGGACCAAAUUUUCAAGUGUGUACAUACAAUAUAGUGCAUGUGCCCACUUAAGAAUUGUGGAUGCUCAAUGUUAAUAUUCAGAAAGUAUAUUCCUACUAACCUUUCCAUUAGGCUGAAAUACUGAUCAAAUGACAACUUCCAUUCCUCUCAAAGGCCAGAGCUAGUUCAGUUAUCACAAGGGCCAGUUCAAAUAUUCAGAAUUUGCAACACUUAGUAUAGUACAGUGGCAGAUAAGCCAUCAUCUGACAACCUGUAUGGAAUUCUAAUCUUUUUUUAAAAAGUCGUGUUAUAAUACUGUUUUGUAUGACAAGAAACCCAAACGUAGCACCUGUAGAAUAUCACAGUCUUGUUGCAUAGUGUUACCUUAAUGUCUAGUUAAGGGUCAGAGUAGGAUUGGAGUUAUUUCCUUUGUUUUAAGCAAUAUCUGGACACCAUAUUUGAGAUGCAUUGCACUUGAAUGAAACCUGCAGCAUAAUGCUUUUGUGCUAUGUGAUGCAGGUUGCAUGUACUAUUAACCCAACCUAUAUUGGCAUUGGUGUGAGACUUUGAAUUUUUCCUUAAUUCAGAAUCAUCUUCCUUUUUCAACUACAAAUUAUACUGGGUAAAAGCUAGUUGACACAGAAUGACAUUCACCCCAGCAGAGAUGAUGUGCAAAUGCCCUAUAUGUUGCUUAAAUGGUGCACAGAGUUUUGUUAACAGUCUUAACACAAAUAUGGGACUAGCAACACCUCAGUUCUAAAACUGAGAAAGUAUCAGUUAUGGUUCCAUUUUUUUAAAUUAAACCUGUGAAGAAGAGGUUCUAAAUAGUGCAUUUCUUUAACCCCAGAAUUUUAAUCUGAAGUCCAUUCUUUACUGAUCAAUUCAUUUUUUUGGAUUAACUUGUAUCAGCUCCUGAGAUGCACAGCUCACUCAUAUCCAUCACAUUUCAACAGCAUUCAGAUUGUUCAACAAAAACUAAAAAGCACUGAGUUAGGAAAUAAGAUCAAUAUCCAGUGUCCUGCUAAUAAAUUCAUAUUUUAAUAUAAAAUAUUCAUACAGCACACUACACCUCAGGCUGUCUGCUAGCUGAAUACUGUUACUGACUAUUCAAAACAGAAAAACUUCAAUCACUUUGCUCUUCAAUGUGUUUUGAGGGACGAUAUGAUUUCCAGCAGCUACUUUGAUUACAGUAUUUAGGGGGAAGUGUUCCAGAUAUCUAUAUUAG